UUCUAUUCACCACUGAAGUGAAAUAGUUCAGUGUGGAUUUGCCCUCACAAUGGUGGCCUUGCUGUUUACUCUGGCAGUCUUCCUCGGUAGAGCAGUCCGAGUGUGGUCGCAGGCUCAGGACAUCCAGUUGUUGGGUGGGGAUGUUUUAACUGGAAUGAACUUCUUAAAUGCUGAGGAUGGAGCAAUUGUCAGAGUUCUUGGCCCUGUCACAGUCGCCGACACCGGAAGUCUGACAAUCGGACCAGGGAUAGAGCUUCAUUUUCCAAAGGCAGGGGAGAUAACCGUUCUAGGAACCUUAAGAGUAGAGGGUACAGAGGAGAACCCUGUGCUGUUUAAGACGGAAAAAGCCGGAGACGUAUGGGAAGGAAUACAUGUAACAGGCCCAGCUUCACGGCGAUCCGUACUUCGAUAUUUAACCUUGGAAAACACAGACACAGGGGUAAAGGUCACAACGGGGGCAACGAUGACGGCACGUAGAGUGACAGUUACGUCGCCGAAGACGUCAGGCAUGGUUUUUGAAGAGAGCAUUGACAUAAAGAUGUACGAUAUUAGUAUCGUAUCAGCGCCACAAACAUCCUGCGCCAUUUGUGUGAUACUUGGGCGAAACUUUCUGUUGGAUGGUUGUGACGUAGACCGAGGGGAGGGUCACGUAAUCGGAAUACAGGCUAGAAACACGAAGGAUAUCACAGUUAGCAAUUGUAAGAUCUCUGCUGGGAGUGCACGGGGCUUCGAAUUCACAGACGUACACGGAAACGUUACCGUGACGUCAUCAACGUUUACCACUAACUACGGCGGUUCUUUAAUACAGACCAACGCGGAUCGCAGGGCACGUGUCCGUGUGGAAAGUAUUCGCUUCACCAGCGUGAGUUUCUCCGGUCACUGUGUGAAGAUCGAGUGUCCGGGAUUCCGACCAGGGGAGGUCAUCGUGAGAAAAGCCGUAAUAUACGGCUGUGACAGAGCACUGGAUAUCACACUCAACAACCAGUCUCUUAUUCUUGCGGACAGUCAGUUAUACUUCAGUCACCAGGCUCUCAACUUAAAACUCAGUCACCAAAACAGCCAAGCUAUCCUCCAGGGAAAUCUGUUCUACUACAAUUCCAACUCGGACAGAUUGCCAGCUGUGGGCAUUACCAUUGAACCCUCAGAUUUUAACGGAGUUCUGCGGAUAUUCAACAACCUGUUCCAGCAGAACCUGUGCGCCUUUUCUCUACGCAUUUUACACAUGUCGCCAAGUAAAGCUAACGAUGCCAAAGUUGAAUUGUUUUGGAACCAGUUCCUCACAAAUAACGUUAGCCAGAGCGGUGCAGGAGAUAAGUCUGUAGUAAUGCUGAAAUUUUUCGAUUUACCCGCACAUUUUAUAUUUCAAAACAAUUCCAUGAACAACCCAGUAGUUGAGUAUGACCUGGCCGUGGGCGCAACAUCUUACGAAAGAGGAUAUGUCGUGGACGUUUCCAGAAACUCAUGGGCAUCAAAGAGGACUAGACUACAAAUAGAAGGAAGGAUUUUGGCUCAUCACUGGGAUCCUGGCAGAGCCGAGGUUCUCAUUGAGCCAUUUGUGAUUAGUUUUGAGCCAUAUGUCUUGUGCGAGGAGAAGGUAUGUUAUUGUCCAUCUGGAUACCAAGGCAGGCACUGUGAAGAUCACAGCUGUCAUGAACUGAACAAUUGUACGGGUAAUGGCAACUGUAUGGGACCGAAUGUGUGCCAGUGUCAAGACGGUUGGGAAGGGAUUUCCUGUGACCAGCCGAUUUGCCCACAAAACUGCUCACUGCGUGGGGACUGUCUAGCUCCCGACACGUGUAACUGCAUGGAAGGUUUCACGGGAAAAAUUUGUGACAUUGUCGUAUGCCCAGGCAAUUGUUCGCGCCAUGGAAAUUGUAUGGAGAACGGCGAGUGCCUGUGUGACGACGGCUGGUCUGGGGAAGCUUGCGACGUAAGUCUAGGAGGUGUGGGGAACAACUGUUCCGGGCACGGAACCGUCGUAAGUGAGAAGAAAUGUAACUGUACGGACGACUGGACAGGUGACGAUUGCUCUGUAGCAACAUGUGCUUCAUUGCAAUACUGUAAUGAGAGAGGGAAUUGCAGCAUUUCGGGUAGUUGUCUGUGCCUCGAGGGCUGGCAUGGGGAUAGAUGCUCCCUGGCGAAUUGUUCUGAAGUUAACGACUGUUCUAAACAUGGGGAAUGCACGCAGCCUAAUGUAUGUGCCUGUGACGUUGGUCGAUCCGGGCCAAGCUGUGAGAACUGUUCUGUUGGUUUCUGGGGACGGGAUUGUCUCCCUUGUCUUGACUGUGACCAUGGAACCUGUAACGAUAAAGGUGCCUGUACCUGUCAUAAUCUUAGAUGGACGGGAUCGCUGUGUGAUCGCUGUGCUGUGGGGUAUUACGGUGACAAUUGUCUCCCCUUACCAACUGUGAACCGCGUUCUGCCGGAUGGAGGCCCCGGUGCCGGGGGUACAGUAGUUCACAUACAGGGUCAUAACCUAAAGAAUGUUUCGGAUUACAUUUGCAGGUUUGGAGAAGUUGAGGUACCCGGGAUACUAAUCAUAGACAAUGAGAUAGAAUGCAAGUCUCCACCUGGAGAGUCUCUGACUAUACCAGUCAGCGUAAAACCGGAUAUACCGGGAGAAGUCUUCGCCGACAGCCUCUCAAACUUUACCUAUUAUCAUGAAUGUCCGGAAAGUUCGUGUGGCGAGAAAAAGACCCCGUCACGUGGAAGUUGUGUUCUUGGCGCAUGCUCCUGUAACCCACCAUGGUCAGGUGACCAGUGUUCGACUCUCCGCUUGGCCCCAGACGUUGCUAAAAUUCCAGCCCAAGAAAUUCAUGAAUUUAAUGAUUUUCAUCUCGAGCCAACGUUGAUCGAGGGCACAGAACCCAUAUCAUGGACAUUGGAAAGUAAUGUGAAUGGUAUGAAGAUUGACGUAGUAACAGGAUUUGUCACGUGGUCUGACGUCACUGCCAGUCCCGAAGAUGUAACAUUUACCAUUUUUUGUCACAAUGACUUGGGCUCCGACAACGAGACAGUUCGUUUGACAAUAUUACCUGGGUACCACGUGACCUCAUUGCAGCUGGAUCCAGAGGGACCAUUUACAGUUCCCGUCCCCGUGACGUUGUCUGGGCAGGUGAAGCUCAGUACGGAGAAAAACAUAUCUGGUUCACUUCCAAUUCAUAUCAGAAUAAAACACGGUAACGACACAAGGCUGCUUGAAACGAACGCUGACAAUGCAUCUCUGACGUUUGAGGAGAACUUUUAUCCGGCGAAAUCAGAUGUUGGUUUAUUUCAUGCUGACGCUCGACAUCCUGCCGACUCUGACUUUGAAUCACGGGUCACGUGGUCUGUAGUGGGAUUACGGACAACUCCUCAGUCAAUCACUUGUAAAGGUCUCGUUGGGAAUGAGAUCACGCAAUCGAUUGUUAUAGAAAACCACGCUUAUGAACCGCUCACGGACUUACGAUAUGCGAUUGAUGGUGACACAGAAAACAUCAUCCUCAAACUGCAGACUGGCAACAGGAGAAACGUACCUCAAGGUGACGUCAUAGUUACGGAACUUGUUAGCCAACAGCCAUUUCCUGUCAACAUUACCAUGUUAGCUGACGUUGCCGUAUCCACUGGCUUACAGAUAACGUUUAUGAGUGCCGAGUUGGCAAACGUUACAGUGGAGGUCAGCGUUGACAUUGGGGCAUCGGGGCCGGUUCUUGUCAUGAAUCCCAACGAGUUAAACAUUACUAUCUUCAGGGGAAAGGAACGCACAUUCGAGGUAAUUUUGAAAAACACGGGGACUGCAACUGCGUUGAACUUGGAAUUACAGCCCCCGACUUCUGAGGAUUUAUUCGUUUUGUCGUUCGACAAGCUUGAUGUAACAGAUCUCGACUACCCGUUCCUCGAUAUACAUCCUGAGGAAUCCGCCAUGCUCAAUGUUCUGGUGGCGCCCCCUGCUGAGGCAGAUAUCGGCUAUAAGCAAGGCAGCAUUGUAGUGACGUCACAGGACAUCGAGUCUACGCUUUGGGUGAAUCUGUAUAUCUUGUCUGAAGAAACUGUCAACGUCACAGUUCUAGUAGAGGACGAACGCGCAUGCAUGACACAUGGUAGGCCUACAGCCGGCCUGUCGUCAGCAGUUGUGGAACUAUCAAACGAUAACAGGGGGUUCAGAGUCCAAACACCCACGGAUGAUUUGGGCGUGGCCACAUUUACGGGACUCCACGAAGAUUACUACGAACUAUCGGUGACAUCUGUCAGUCACAAACCACAAUCCUCGUUCAUCUUUGUGACUGCCGGGAAGGAACAGUUCAAGGUCACCUUGGAGAAGAUUGCCGUGAACCUGUCAUGGGUACAAUCAGAUGACCUUAAGAGUAGGGAUGGAGUAGCACUUCAGGCAGACAUCUCCACAGACGCUCCAGCUCCUGUUAUAAUCGUCACACCCUUAACACUGGAUCUGAAUGCUAUCGAGCAAGGCAACAUCAACAACAUCAACAUGCGGUUGGAAAACCGCGGAGGAGUUACUGCAUACAAUGUAACGAUCCAACUGCCAGAGGACCAUCCAUUCCUGCGAUUUGAGGUGGACUCGACCCAAGUUGGUGACAUUCCAGUGAAUGGGACAGUUAUGGUGCUUGUGACGGUACGUUUUCUGACCACAAAUCCCGAUGUUAACGUCACCAUGGCUGCGGAAACAGAAACUUUCAGACAGAGGACAAUUUCUGAUAUCCCUCACCUCUUACUGAAAGUUUUGUAUAAUGGCGCUUGUGGGACAAACCUACCUAAAGAAGUUCAUGUUAUCAUGAUGCGAGGCGGGAAACCAAACGCAACAAGCGAGGCUGGUCCCCCCAGUGACGUGGAACUUCCGGAUUUAGACUAUAACAUUCCCCUGGAACAGUCUGUAUUUUGUGAGCCCUGCUUGCUGACGGUGUCAGAAUGCACGCGUUCCAUCAAAAUUCCUCGAGAGUGGGCAAAGUGCGCUGCGGGAACGUUCCGCACCAUGAUGGAUGAACGGACGCUCUAUGGGACCUUUUUGGGCGGCUUCAUCGCUAUGCUUGAACUGUUCGUCUCGUGCGGACAAGUGCCAGGAUAUUCACGGGCGCUGAACACAAACUCAUCGGACUCUAAUGUAUCUCGAAGGACAUGUGUUGAUGAUCUGAAAAACAGCUGCGAAGAGAAAUAUUCAUUCCCAGGUGAAGAAAGCAGUGGGAAUUCGGGAAGGGGCAGAGCGCCAUCAGUGGCUGAGAGCAGACUUGUCGUCCAGGCGAUUUAUAACAUACGUGAUGCGCUUUUACCCAGUAGCUGGGACACAUUUGUAGACCCUGUCUGGUUCACCCAGACUGCCAAGCCCAUCCUUGGGAACUCCUCAGCCAGCAGUCUCCCGUUAAGUGAACUUACGGGACAAUUAGCUACCCAUUUACCCCGUUCCUUGGAGCCGGAACAGGCAGAGGAAUUUUUUUCCAAACUCCGCCAUUUUUCUCCUUCUACCAUGUCAAACCUGCUUGGUCCUUUCAUGAAAGGACUAGAUCUGAUGACUGAGAGAGGACAUUCUGACCCGCUGACGUGGUAUAACGAAGAACUGAAGUCAUUUAGUCAGUCGCCGAAGGACAAACAUUUGUGUGCCAAGGCUAAACUGAGACUCAAUCAGAAGCGGACAGACGUGAACAGUCACGUGAUCGUCACCAUGGACACAGAAAAUGGCGAACUGACAAGUUUGUUGGAUGUACUGGUCAACAUUUCCAUUGUUCGUCUGAACGACAGCGAGGAUUCUUCUCAUUUGUUCACAAUAGAACUUUACAGUACUCCAGGAUUCGAGACGGAAAAUACUGGGUUGGCUUUACCUUUGGGGGCCUCAGGGAGCCAUCAAUGGCGGAUAACUCCAUUGGAUAUGGCGGCCACAGAAGAAAGAGUCAAAUAUAAGAUAUCCGCUGUGAUCCAUCACACUUUUAGGGGCAAGCAACUGGAGGUUCUUAUUCGAGGAGACAUCCUAACAGUCUUAGCAUCACCACAUCUACAAAUUCAUAUUUUCUAUCCUCGCUUUUCACCGGAUGAACAACUCAGGCAAGAAAAUGGAACCGACGUGCCCCUUUCCCUUAAGAUGGUUAUAAUGAAUAAUGGGACUGGAGCCGUAAAUGGGCUGAAGGUAGAGGCUGCUAAGUUGUCUCUACGCAGCUGGUCUACCGGUAAGGGUAUUCGCUGCCUCAUCCAUGACGUGGUAACUGAUGGCGAAAUUCAGUCGAAGACGUUUGAACUUCAUUUGGGGACCAUAGCGGCGUCGCGAACAGUACUUGUCCAGUGGGUUCUGCUGUGUCCGGAAGCUGCAGUGUUUGACAAUUUGACCUUAUCUUUCGUCCAACUGAACAGUAAAGAUGAGUCCAUUCUGAGCACACAUGAGAUGGUAAUGUAUCACGAGGUUUUCCACGAAGUCCGCGUCCACGUGCCGGCAUACGAUGAUGAAGAGGUGGACCCGUUGGUAUCUUUCAACAGACAGGAGUCUCAGCGGCCAGAUACAGUGUUCAGAACGGACACCGGGUUUACAACAGCUGACGUCUUUACCACAGACAACAUCGAUGUUUACGAAAUUCUGUCUGAUGAUGGAAAGACCGAACUACAGAUUCUGGUCGAAGAUACUAAAGAGGGAUGGUAUUGGCUCGAAAUUCCUUUUGAUUUCCCUGACAACCAGGAGCUCAAAGUAUGCAGGCGUCAAGAUGCAAAAAAAAUUGCUAAUCGAACAUAACGUCUGGCUGGGCAAAGGCCAAGACGGUGAUAAAGCGAUAUACAUAUUUGACUGGUUCUCUCUGUAUGACUGGGGCGUGCGCAGAAAAAGAGAGGCGACCGCAUUCAAUUCAUAUUUCAUUGAGUUAGG